AUGGAUGCGAGUUUUUCCACAUCCUUUUGUACGCCGCAAGGGGGUAACCGAUUGUGUCCUGGAACGCCUACAGUGCAAGAGUGUAGUCCUAGGACUCCAGAAAAUACGGGACGACCGGUUGAUAAAAUAUUUACUAGCACUCCCGUACCACAGUCCAGGGAGGGCACUCCUUCAAAUCCUUCAACUCCAACAUGUCCAAAUGUAUCGAGGGAAUUUUUCGCACCUCAGAGAGCACGUGCGAGUACACUUGAUUGCAGUGUAAUACCUCGGAUAACUGGUAGAAACAUAGAAUUAAAUUUCGAACUACCUCCUCGCCAAACCGGAAAUCGGGACGCUCCAUGUCCAAGGACAUCAGCAUCACAGCUACGGCAUGUUAUGCGAAUGCAGAGAGCUCGAAAUAUGCGUGAAAAUAGUUGUCAACGCGGAUCUCAGGGAUCUCAAAGUAUGUCUGUUGGGCCACGUCAAUCUCAGUCGCAAUUCUUAGCAGUGCCACGUCCCCCGCGCCGCAGAUGGGGCAUUCCUAUACGAGAAAAUCAGAACUGCGAUGGACCAUCAUGGAUUAACACUUUGCCUAUAGUAGAAGAGGUUCAACAUAAUCAGACUACGGAUUGUUGUCCUGAAAGAGAAGAGAUGUUUGACUCUUGCUAGGGUAAUACGAGACGUCAAUCAAUUAUCCAUUGAUUGAUGACUUAUAUGAAUCGGUAAUGAAUACUAUAUAUUUGAAAAAGAGUUGGUCAUUGGAACGGAGGGUUCACGCAAUGAAUAGAAUUCCGAAACGAAUUUCUUUAGAUGACACUAAAAUCAAAUAGGGAUGCGAAUGGAUUAACAGAUUACUUUCAUACUUAAGGAAAUGGAAUACUGAUAUUUUUGAAAACGUUUUAUUUAUUAAUAUAUUUCAUAAAAAUACUUAUAUA